UGAACAUGAAACAGGCAUGGGGGAAUUUGGCUUGGGUACCGGAGGUGAUGAAACCUUGAGGGAAUGCAAAAGAUAGAUUUUUUUUUUUACUCCAUUGUGGUAACCCCACCCUUCUCGAUAUAAGAGGGGAUACAGACAAAGCUUGAGCCACUUUGCACACAAGAAGGAUUUCUCUCUUGGCUGCCUCCAUUUCCCAGCAACAUGACCACUUCUUAUAGGCAGUACACCUCUUCCUCCUCGGUGAAGGGACCCUCUUUCGGUGGGGCUUCCUCCCGGCUUUCCUCUGUCCAUCUUGGUGGGGGAUACAGAGCUCCCAGCGUCCAUGGAGGAAUUGGGGGCAUGUCUGUCUCUACUUCCCGCUAUGUCUCUGGAGUCGGCAGUGCCCUUGGUGGGGGCUUUGUGGGCAGCGGCUUUGGGGCUGGCUUCGGGGGUGGUUUUGGAGGAGGAUUUGGUGGUGGCUUGGGUGGCACCUUUGUCGCUGCUGGUGAUGGCCUUCUGGCUGGGGGUGAGAAGGCGACCAUGCAAAACCUGAAUGACCGCCUGGCUGCCUACCUGGAUAAGGUGCGGGCCUUGGAGGAAGCCAACACUGAGCUGGAGGUUAAGAUCAAGGAGUGGUACAAGAAACAAGGACCUGGUCCAGAACGUGACUACACUCCAUAUUACAGGAGUAUUGAAGAGCUCCGCAGCAAGAUAUUGACUGCCACGAUUGACAAUGCCAACAUUCUCCUGCAGAUUGACAAUGCUCGUCUGGCUGCUGAUGAUUUCAGAUCCAAGUUUGAGACUGAGCAAGCUAUGCGUAUAAACGUGGAGGCUGACAUCAAUGGUCUACGCAGAGUCUUGGAUGAGCUGACCCUGGCCAGGGCAGAUCUGGAGAUGCAAAUUGAGAACUUGAAGGAGGAGCUGGCUUAUCUCAAGAAGAACCAUGAGGAGGAAAUGAUUGUUCUCCGAAGCCAGCUGGGUGGAGAAAUCUCAGUGGAGAUGGAUGCUGCUCCAGGGGUGGACCUGACCAAGAUUCUGGCUGAGAUGCGUGAACAAUACGAGGCCUUGGCAGAGAAGAACCGCAAAGAUGCCGAACAGUGGUUCUUCACCAAGACUGAAGAGCUGAACCGUGAAGUUGCCACCCAUUCAGAGCAGUUGCAGACCAGCAAGACUGAGAUCACAGAACUGAGGCGGACCAUUCAAGGCUUGGAGAUAGAACUGCAGACUCAACUUAGCAUGAAAGCAGCACUGGAAGGCACCCUGGCAGAAACAGAAGGUCGCUAUGGCAGCCAGCUUAGCCAAAUCCAGAUCAUGAUUACCAGCGUGGAAGAGCAGCUCGCUGAGCUGAGGUGUGACAUGGAGCGCCAGAACCAAGAAUACAAGACUCUUCUUGAUGUCAAGACCCGCCUGGAACAGGAAAUCAACACCUACCGUCGCCUGCUGGAAGGAGAGGAAGCUCACAUCAGUUCCCAGUACAACGCGGCUAUAUCUGGAAAAGAUGUGAGCAAGACAACUCGUCAAGUCCGCAUGAUCGUUGAGGAGGUUGAAGAUGGGAAGAUCGUCUCUUCCCGUGAGCAGGUCAAGCAGUCCACCUACUGAAAAGGAGAGGAGAAUGCCAUGGAAACAAUUGAAAGCGUUUUAAGACAGCAGCAUUGCUAUGCCUUUUCAAUUGCGUAUUCUUCUAAAUAUCUCUCUGUAUGUGAACAAAAUGACUACAGAAGCAAAGCCAGAGUUAUGUAACCUUUCCAGCCAACUAACUUGCUUGUGCACAACUAAUAAAGAAUUGUUUCACCAGUCAUGCAAAAA